AUGAUAAAUCAUACAAAAGAUGAUGAAAAAGAGACAGUAACAAAUACUGCUUAUAACAUCACCUCUACUACAUCUACUACCACCUCUUUGUCCGCGCCAUUUAUUACUACUUCUGCAAUCAAACGAGAGAGAAAUGGUGGAUCAAAGAUUAAAAUAGAAACAAAUGAUGAACAACGUGGUGAUGAUGAUGAUGAUGAUCAAGACAGAGAGCAGCAACAGUACAGUGAAGAUGAUAUAAAGAAAACAAACCUACUAGAGAGAUGGCAUCAAAAGCUGAUGAAACUAGCAGAGACACAACCCUUUAUAGAUCAAACAUUCUACUUUUCAAAGGAAUUGUUUAAUCGUCAUUCACUCUCUUCCUAUUCAUUGUUUAAACAAGAAUUAAUCUAUAUCCUAACAACAAGAGAUCAAAUUAAACUUGAAAAUGAUGGAGAUGAAAAUAGAUUAUUUAGAGUAUCAUCAUUGACAUUACUACAAUUAUUAGAUAGAAUCAAAGAUUAUUAUUAUGUCAAUAACUUUGAACUCUACAAAGAAGAUUUUCAUUUGGUGUUUGCAUUUGAUGCUGAAACCAACCCAUACUUGGACAAGAGAAUAGGUGGCUAUAUCAACCAACUCAUCUCUAGUAUCAAUGAUCAGCUGUUGCUAGAGUUGUUUGAUCUACAACAAGUGUUUAAGAAAAAGAAAGCAAGUACUGUUCGAUUGGAAAGUAGUAUUGUUGCAACAGACAGAAACAUCCAAAAGCUAAGACAAGCACCCAAGCCAUCCAAGAAACCACCAUCUAAAAAGAAAUUGGAAAAAGAAAACAAAGCCAAAAAGAUUCAAAUCAAACAAGACAAUAAGAAACUAUUAUUCCAACAAUUAGAGAAAAAGGAUCAAGACAAAUUUAAUUUUAAACAUGUUAUGGAGAAUUUAGAAAAACCUCUAGAAUGGAGAGAUUCUCCUUUACCAUUCCCAUAUCAACAUAUUAAUCUUGUUCAACCUGAUGGAAUGUUUGAAAGAAUGAAAUUAUAUAAUUAUCAACAAAAUGGAUUGGCAAAAAUGAUUCGUAGAGAAGCAUCUUUGGGUGAACCAUAUAUAAAUCCUAUUUGGAUAAAAUUACCAAUCGAUCAAGAAAAUAAUGAAGAAGAGGAAGAAGAAGAGGAAAUGGAAAUAGAAGAUACUGCUACUACUGCUGCUAUCGAAUUUGUAUAUAAAAAUUUGAUAACAAAGAAAACAGUUAAAAAAGAACCAAAAGAUUAUUAUCUUGCAGAUAUCAAAGGUGGAAUAUUAUGUGAAGAGAUGGGUACUGGAAAGACUGUCAUUAGUAUUGCUCUCAUUCUUUCAACACUUGGUAGUUUUGCAAAGGUUCCAGAUAAUCCUCCACCCAAUUGGGAAAUUAUAUUACCUCCAAUGUCUUUGGAAACAAAAGAUAAAAAAAAACAAAUAAUUGAUUUGGAUUAUGAACAAAUGGAAGAAAAUAAUAAUGACAAUAUUGAUUCAUCUGUACCAACAUUAAUGUAUUAUGGAGCAAGAGAAGUAAUAUUAAAAGGAUAUCCAUAUAGAACAUUAUUUCAUCAAGAUAUUGUAACAUUGGUACAACAAAUACCAAAGACUCGUGUAAAUAUUUAUAGUGCCAAAACAUUUCAACGUAGUUGUAAUGUAGCUCCAAUAAGAACAUUGGUACUCUCUAGUACCACUCUUAUUAUUGUUCCACAUCAUAUAUUGCAUCAAUGGAACCAAGAAACAAUGAUGCAUCGUAUUAUUAAAAAGUUGGUGAUUGAUUCCGAGGAUCAUAUCCCAUCCAUUGAAGAAUUGGUUGGUUACGAUCUUGUUAUCAUGUCACACAACAAGGUCAGUAGAUUGGAUACAAAUGACAAUUCGAUCGAUAGCCAAGCACAGUCGUUGUUGGGUAUUUAUUGGCUGCGUGUCAUCAUUGAUGAAGGACAUGUCAUUGGAAACUCAUCGACCAAGAUGACUAAUCUAGUCAAAGACUUGGCUGCUGAAAGACGAUGGGUUUGCUCUGGUACACCAGUAUCAUCAUCGCUUGUCAGCAACGAAUUAAGUAACCUCUAUUCCAUCUUGUCAUUUCUUCGGGUCAACCCAUACAAAGAUGCCGAUACUUUUAGAAAGCUCAUCUCUACACCAACCACCAAAUUGGAUCCAAGAGGUAUUGACCGUCUCGUACAAGUACUAAGUCGAAUCUCUAUUCGUACACCAUCUGCUGUUGUUGCAAGAGAUUUACAAUUACCAACACUCACAGUAGACACGCACAUGGUCAGUCUUUCAAAAGAUGAAAUCAUAAAAUACAAUGAAAUUGUAUUCCAAGUGGCAACUAAUCUUUUGGCAUCUCAAUAUGAAGGUCCAGAUUCUUUGUUUUCCGCUGGUAAUCAAAAAUAUGCUAUCGAAGUAUUUAAUCAACUUCGUAGAGCUUGUUUUUAUUCUCCUGGAUUGGAAGAGAAUCAAAGACAAAUGGCUCGUGAAGCUAUUGAAUCUGCCAUUCAAAGAAAUGACUAUAUUAUUCCAUUGGCAGAUAAAUUACAACUUUUAAAAAUUUACAAAUAUUUUGAAGCUAUUUCAAAACUUCAAAAUCCUCAAUUUACAGAAUUAUCAUUCUUUUUUAAAGAAAAAGAAAAAGAAGAAAAUGUUGAUAAUAAUCAAGAACAAAAAGAAAAGAAAAAAGUUAGAUUUAUUAUUCCAGAUGUUGAUAAUUUGGAGAAUAAUAGUGUAGAAAAUUUAAAUAAUAAUAAUAAUAAUAAUAAUGUCGUAAAGUUGGAAAAAAAUGCAGAAAUUUUAGAUAAUAAUAUUACUGAUAAUAAUAAUAAUCAAAAAAAGAAUACAGCACCAAUUGGAAUGGAUUCAUCAAUAUUAAAUAAUACAACAACAAUAGCUCAACCAAAAUUAAUUGAUUCAUCAAAGUUGGAUUAUUUAAUCAAAAGAUUACAAGAACUUGAGAAAAAAGGAAUUAAAUUAAUGGCAAUGAAACAUGCAAAAUUAAAUUUCCUUCAAUACCAUUCAAAUAUGAAACUUAAAAAGAGAGCAAUGGCGAUUCUCUCCUUUCAAACAGAUUCACAACAACAUUUUAUUGUAAUGAAUACAGACUUGGCUGCCUAUGGUAUCAAUCUCACUGCAGCCAAUCAUAUCAUUUUUGUUGAUCAACUUACAAGCGAGGGCAAAGAAAGACAAGCAAUUAAAAGAGCUCAUCGUAUUGGUCAAUUAAAUCCAGUUUCAGUUGAAAAAUUAAUUAUUCCAAAUACAAUUGAACAAAUGAUCCUUUCAACUUUAAAUCAUAAUCAAAAUCAAAAUAAUCAAAAUAAUCAAAAUAAUAAUAAUCAAAUUAUAAAUUUAGAAGAAGAGGAUGAACAAAUGGAAUUUAUAAAUCAAGAGAUUGUUCAACAAGAAGAAGAAGGAUCAUCGUUAAUUUCUUCAAAAAAUUCUUCUGAAUUCUUAUUUCAAGAUGAAAAAAGAGAAGAACAAAGUACAAAGAUUAAAAAUAUUCUAAGAUCACUUGUACCUUUGGAUUUGAUCUUGUUCAAUUUAAAUUAUUUUUAA